CCUCCCCCAUGCUGCUCGGAGCGUCCUGGCUGUGCGCGUCCAAGGCGGCCGCCGCUGCUGCGCAGAGCGAGGGCGACGACGACAGGCCGGGCGAGCGGCGGCGGCGGCGGCGGGCGGCAGGCGAGGACAUGGAUGAGUCGUCGCUGCUGGACUUGCUGGAGUGCUCCGUGUGCCUGGAGCGCCUGGACACCACGGCCAAGGUGCUGCCGUGCCAGCACACUUUUUGCCGCCGCUGUCUGGAGAGCAUCGUGUGCUCGCGCCACGAGCUGCGCUGCCCCGAGUGCCGCAUCCUGGUAGGCUGCGGCGUGGACGAGCUGCCGGCCAACAUCCUGCUGGUGCGCCUGCUGGACGGCAUCCGCCAGCGGCCCCGCGCCGGCGCCAGCCCGGGCGGCAGCCCGCCCGCGCGCACUGCCCCCGGCGCGGGGGCGGCCACCGCGCUCGCGGAUGGCGGGGGCAGCGCGGCGGGCAGCGCUCCUGGCUCUCCGGUCUUCCUUUCCGGGUCGGGGGGCAGCGCCACCGCCAGCCUGCGCGAGCUGACGACCACCAGGAGCGCGCCGGUGGCAAAGACUCUUUCCCAGCUCCCCUAUGGCAAAGCCCUCUACAGUUACGAGGGGAAAGAGCCUGGGGACCUCAAGUUCAACAAGGGCGAUGUCAUCCUCCUGCGGCGCAGGGUGGACGAGCACUGGUACCACGGGGAGUUGCAGGGGGCGCGCGGCUUCCUGCCCGCCAGCUACAUCCAGUGCGUGCGGCCCUGGCCACAGGCCCUGCCCCAGGGCAAAGCGCUCUAUGACUUUGAGAUGAAGGACAGAGACCAGGACAAGGACUGUCUGACCUUCACCAAGGACGAAGUCCUGACCGUGAUCAGAAGAGUGGAUGACAACUGGGCAGAAGGAAUGCUGGGGGACAAGAUUGGGAUUUUCCCUCUCCUGUACGUGGAGCUCAACGACUCCGCCAAGCAGCUCAUGGAGAUGGACAAGCCGUGCCCCGCUGCUGUGUCUGGCAGCCACGCCUCCUUGCCCUCUGACCCUGGCGUGGGGCCCAGUGUCAGCAGCAUGGAGGCGGUCAGUGCCUUCCAGCGGCGCGUAGACGGCAAGAAGAACGCCAAGAAACGCCACUCCUUCACGGCGCUCAGCGUGACGCACAAGUCCUCACGGGCCGCCAGCCACAGGCAUUCCAUGGAAAUUAGCGCUCCGGUUUUGAUCAGUUCCAGCGAUCCCCGGGCCGCGGCCAGAAUCGGGGAGCUGGCUCAUCUGUCCUGCAGUGCUCCUGCCCAGGACUCCUCCUCCUCGGCCGGAUCCACCCCAGCGGCUGAACAACAGGGCUCGGCUCCCAAAGUCCAGCUGCCCCUCAACGUGUACCUGGCGCUCUACGCCUACAAGCCCCAGAAGAGCGACGAGCUGGAGCUGCGCAAGGGCGAGAUGUACCGCGUCCUGGAGAAGUGCCGGGACGGCUGGUUCAAGGGCGCGUCCCUGAGGACCGGGCUCUCUGGGGUGUUCCCGGGGAACUACGUGACGCCCGUCUCCAGGGUUCCUGUAGGAGGGGCUGGGCCACCCCGGAAUAAUGUGGUUGGAGGGUCUCCACUGGCCAAAGGGAUGGCCACAACCAUCCACCCAGGUGGUGGAAGUCUGAGCAGCCCAGCCACUGCCACCAGGCCUGCCUUUCCCCUCACCACACCCCAGGCCCAGGCCCAGCACCAGGCACCCUCUCCUCCAACGGGCAGCUGUCUGCGGCACUCAGCACAGCCAGCGGCCAGCCAGGCCCGGAGCACCAUCCUCACAGCUGCCCACUCGUCAGCUCAGGCUCAGGACCGACCGACGGCCACAGUGUCGCCCCUGCGCACACAGAACUCUCCGUCCCACCUGCCCGCCGCCAGCCUCAGGCCCCACUCUGUGGUGUCCCCACAGCACAUCCACCAGCCCCCGAUGCAGAUGGUCCUCGGGGCCCAGUGCGCCCGGCCAGCCAUCCCCCUCACGUCAGCAGCAUCGGCCAUCACACCUCCCAACGUCACUGCUGCCAACAUCAACGGGGAGGCUGGAGGGGGGCCCGUCGGUGGCCUGUCGACAUCUGGCCCUGCCAACACGGGACACAAACCAGACGAGAAGAAAAGUGAAAAGAAAGAGAAGAAGAGUGGGCUGCUGAAACUUCUAGCUGGGGCAUCCACCAAGAAGAAGUCUCGCUCCCCUCCGACCAUCUCUCCGACCCACGACCCCCAGCUGGCAGUGGACGCCUCGCUCCAGGGUGCAGUGGGACCCGAAGUGUCCUCUGGGUCCAUCCAUGGUCGGGCAGGGUCCUGCCCCAUAGAAAGUGAGAUGCAGGGGGCGAUGGGGAUGGAGCCGCUGCACAGAAAGGCUGGCUCCUUGGAUCUGAACUUCUCCUCAUCCCCUUCCCGGCAAGCACCUCUCUCCAUGGCCGCCAUCUGGCCCGAGCCCAAGCCAUUGCCCAGAGAGAGGUACCGCGUGGUGGUCUCAUACCCACCCCAGAGCGAGGCGGAGAUCGAGCUGAAGGAAGGUGACAUCGUCUUUGUGCACAAGAAGCGCGAGGACGGCUGGUACAAGGGGACACUGCAGAGGACCGGCCGCACCGGCCUCUUCCCGGGCAGCUUUGUGGAGAGCUUCUGAGGACGCGUUCCCGCACAGCUCACAGGGAUGCAGACCCCCGGGAAGCCCCGGGCACGAGGAGAGGGAGCCACGGUGCCCCAGGGUCCCAGGUCCCUUCUCAGGCGCCUGGUGGGGCCCCCUGGGUGGGGUCGGAGCCUGAGGUGUGAAGGGUGUGCUUUUGCCCCAGACCCCUGACUGAGCACACCCUGGGGUCGCUCACCCACGAAAUGCCUCCUCUGUGUAAACUAUAAAGAGAUGUCGGAACAGGGAAGACGAUACUGAUGUGGCUGAUGGCCCUGUGGAGCUGCUGUGUUCUCGUCGCCGCCUGUGCCGGCCUGGAAGCUGCGGACCGGCUGUGGGGCGGGGGGCCCAGAGAGCCUGGAGAAUGUCUUUGCCGGCUGCCCCGGGCUUCACGUGGGGUCACGUUGCUCCAUCACCUCUCUAUAUACCUCAGUCACAUGCCGCCUGGCUCCUCAGCCAAGGGUGUUCCUGGCCCAGGGGCCUUCACCAGCCGAAGUCCUGGGAAAGCACCCCCCUCCACGCCUCCUGUUGGGUCUGGAUCCCACAGGCUUUGUCUCCUGCCAGUAUUAUAAGCAGCAUUUGUGUUUUGCCACCACGGUCCCUUUGCAUUGCUUCUUUCUUACGUCUUUUUAAUGUAUAACUGUUAGACUUCAUAUAUUUCUAAUAGGUCAUACAUUCCCUAUUUUUCACACAUCUGGUGCUGUCUUUUUGUAAAACUAGUAAUGACUUGGUUGAGCUUGAAAGAAAAAAAUGUGUGAGGAGACAUCAAAUGGGCAGAAUUUUUAUAUGUACCAUGUGCAUUUGGGAGAGCUCUGAAGGCCCACGUCCUCGCCAUCACAAUGUUGGCUACCACUCCGUGGGAUAAGAGGGAAUCCAUUUAGGUGAUUGGAGAAAGUUUGGCAAAAGCCAAUUUCUUUAAACCUUACCAAAGCCCCAUCCUCUGUCUAAGCAGUGAUAAUUAUUAUUCAAGAACUGGAAACAUUUUGAGGAAAGGUCACUAUAAUUACCUUUUGUGUGGCAGUAAAAGAACAUGAAGGUUGACACCAGCCCAGGAAGGCAGAAUUUUCCUUUUAUUGCUUUGGAGAGAAUGACUACAAUUAGCAUUGUCAAAAUAUGAUUUCUCACUAUUGAGAUGUACAGUUUUUACCACAGUUCAGAUUUGUUGCCUUGUGAAGGUUUUGUCUUUUUUUUUUUUUUUCUUGGUUUUUUUUUAGUAAAUAACUCGUCCUCUGUCAGACAGUGCCAACCUUGGUCUCAAUACUAGAGAUACAGUGAGGUUAACAAAGGAUUUGAGGCAUUGCUGCAGACUCACAGGACCCGGGGAGGCGGGGAGGAGAGGGGGCAGCUCUGGUCCCCGGACCUCCCCGACGUGGAGUCCAUGAAGUGAGUCCAUGAGUCCAGCAGCUUUGCGUCCCAGGUCUGAUGGGAGGAGCUCUGUCUCGAGGGAGCUUAUUCUCAGAGAUGCACACCUUAGGAAUGCAUUCCUAUCCGUUCAGAGUCACAAUUCAUCAAUCUGCUCUUUCUAUAUUUUUACAAAACCCCUCAGGUUUAAAUAGGCUGAAUAAAUUAGCAUUUGGUAACAUAGAAUUUCGCUGGUUUCUAGGGAUUCAACAAAAUCCAGAAACCCAUCCCCUUGCCUGGCAUGAUGCAUUUGAAAUACAGAACACUUAUUUUCAGAGUCUCUAUUUUGGAAUGUGACUUGGCUGUUUGUCACUGCCAGGUGGCUACGGUGCUGCUGGGAUCGUGCCUAGAGAAAGCUUCUUUUUCUCUCUCCAGAUGAUAAUCGAUUUAAUAGACUUGACAAAUUUUUUCUGAAUCAAAUUUUUUAAAAGUCCAGUUUAAACGUAAGGAGGCCUGUGCGCUGAGUAAAUGACAAGCAGAGGCCAUGCGUUGGCCAUCAGUUGCCAGAUUAGCUGCCUACCACGCACGAAAAUCAUGUGCAUGUUUCAAGUCAUGUCAUCACCAAAAACACGCAUGGAUUAACAUGCUGAGGGAGACACAUGUUCUCCAGUGAAACCAGAACUGACUGAAAUCCCCAGAUAUAAGGAAAGUCAUUUUAUUCUCAACAACGGCAGUUACCAAGCAACAGAGCAGACUAAUUUGGAUCUUCUUUCCUCUCUCGCCGCCCACAUGAUGCUUGUGGUAGGUAGGAAUUGCUGAACAGCCCAGUGACUGGGGCAGGCGGCGGCCCCCCGGGGCCUAGCACCCCCUUACAGCAGAGAGCUGGGGCAAGUAACCAGCUGUCUCUGUGAGGUAUUAGCUGGCCCUCUUGUGGCAGAGUCAGGGACAAGCGUGUACUGCCUUGGGAAGGAAAGCAAUGCCAUAGGCCUGCCAGCACGAGGGCAUCCUUUCAGGCAGGGCUCCCAGAGAGCAGGGACAUGCAGGACCAGCCCCUGUGCUUUGGGCUGUUUUCAAACACGUUCAUUCAGACCCAUCAGCCUUCAUGACCAUUUAACCCCCAGACGAGAGCAGGAGCAGAAUCAGACCCUUCCUUCGGGCCGUCUUGCCUGGAAGAACACACUCUUUGGGCUACUAAGAUGAAACCAACACUUGUCUGAAACCCUCACAUUCCAUCCUGGGCCAGGGACUUACACAUCUUGGUUGUGCAGUGGCAUUUGCAAACCAAGGUGACUUGCUUUGAGAAGUGCAGUAGAGUCCACAGUCCACUGAAUGAGGUCAGUCGGUGGACACUGAGGGGACAGGGACAUUCAGGCCACCAAAAGGCCACAGGAGUGCAGUGGGGAGACAGCAGACAAGCCCUUCCCCAGCAGCCUCAUGGUGUGAAUGCCAGGCUCCAGUGCCCAGACACGCUCAGCUACUGGCUGGGAAAUUCUAUGUACUUUGCACAGUACGCAGAGACACACACACACCCCCCGCAGUGUUUUGGUUAUACACAAAUGUCAGUGUGUGAUGUUGGAAGAAUUGACAGUGAUGAUGAACUAU